AUGACGGGCGUCCCACCACCCCGCAGCUUCGAACCUCCGCCAGGCUCCAAAGUGAAGCCGAAGAAGAUCCUAUCGCCCAUCCACCACUACCUGUCCCGCUCACGCAAGCCCUUCUGGUGUGCGGAGCAGCCUCUCACUCGACCGCCACGGAUUUACGUGGAUCAGAAGUCGGUCUUCCGAGAGGUGGCCGCCGUGACUCAGCUCCGACGUGGGGACCACUGCAUGAUCACCUUGAACGUGCUGCGGUGCCUGAGCCCCUGGGUGGACUAUCUGGUGAGUUUGAUGGGUUCGCUGGAGCUCUUCCACCUCUACCACCACUUCGUCAUCCUCGAUGAUGUGGCUUUCGUGGACGAGUUCGGGGUUCCAAGAACUGAGCAGGAUGAGAUCGUGAGCAUUAUGGAGUACUCGAACACGGUCGAAGGCUUCAUCGAAGAAGUCCGUGUGAAAGCCUUCGGGGCCUGGUGCUCGCUCCCCCGGAUCGUGCUUCAGACGCUGCUCCACAAGGCCCACUGUCACAAGGUGCCGCUGGCGGAUUAUGGCGACAUGCCGCACAUCUUUCGGAUGGAGGAGAAGCUCACUGAACUGGACCGCGAGCGGAUCGUCCGUGAUGCUGUGAACUUGAUUGACAACCAGAUCAGUUACAACAUUUUGUGGGCCAACUGUGAACACACCACGAACCUCGUAUCUGGAAAGCAGCAGUACACUUCCCCCGAAGUGCACUUCUUUAUUUGGAGCUUGGUGCGUUAUACUUUGACAGUUUUGGGUUUGGCGACCCUCCAUGUCGUGACAUUAAAAUGCUACAGCAGAUACUGCCUCCACUUCCCGCUUUGG